CUUUCAUUUUUUAUUUGUCCUUUGUCCCAUUCACGAAAAUAAAUACACCCCUCUCCCACGCCCCCUCCAGAUUAAUCAAUCCCAGAUCGUGUGACAUAAAUGCCCAGGCACCUCUAUCCCAGGCACUCUGUGUUGAUUGUUCUACCCUUUUAAAGCCUGAGUGCGGUUUCCUCUCCCUCCUGUUUUCGCUGCUGCUUCCUUGAUUUGUCAUCUCUGGGCUGACGACUGGCAGGAAGCGAUGCACGUCCACGGGCGCCGACCUAAUCUCGUACUUGGACUUCACUUUAACCGUGAGCGUCAGACACCGUGAUUGCAUCCGACCGAAUGAGCCUAAGAUGAGCUGCAGAUCUCUCGGUAAGACUCACGCCCGUGUUCACGUAUGGUCCUGUCGGAGGUAUUGUUUUGUCAGUGGCUAAAAUCCGCCCAAGUCAUUCAGUCGUCUCGGACGUUGGAUGCUGCUCUGUCUGCCUUGAUUCGAAACAUGAAAAUCCGCGAUGGGAGUGACAGUGAUGCUGGCACAAGGGAGAGAGCGGUGUUGCAGCUGUCACUGAGAGGAAAUUGUCAAUCUGUCUUUAGCUCCUGCAUUUUGCUCUCCAUGGUCACACUGUAAUGAACAAAUGAAUAUGCCUUUUCAAGGCUACCAGUGUUUGCAUUGGCUCCUCUGCAUUGACGCACCUCUCUUAUUUUAUGGUGAAUGCGACCCGCCGUAUUAUUCAUGGUUCCGAGGCAGAAUUUACGUUUAAAAAAAAGAAUGGAUUCGGUUAACGCCACUAAAUGCUUUUCGUUAUUUAGUCUUUGACGUUUCAGUACAUAGGUUACAACCGAGACAGUGUUUUCGCUGAACUAGAAACCUAGGCCGUUUGGACUACAUUCUUGUUUUGGCCUUCUCAAAUCGUUUAGGCCACCAUAGGCUAGUCUGAGCCAUGAUUCAUGACACACCUCUGUGGCCCAAUGCAGACAGUUGCAGGCUGGAGACUGACUGCCCUCUGAAGUCUCAAGGUGGUGAGCUGAGGGGAGUUCAGUCAUGAGCUGGCCAGGCGGUGGAGGUGAAGGUGGAGGUGGAGGCAGCACUGGUGACCGCGCUGAGCCGGACCCCACCUCCUCUUCUCCCCCCAGAGCCUCGGGCCCCGGCCCCCGGCUCCAGGUGCAGCGCUCGCUCUCGCGCGACACCAUCACCAUCCACUUCUCCGCCCAGGGCCGGGAGGAGGAUGAGGACGAGGAAGAGCUGUACGGCUCCCCGCUGAUCCAGAGCGUGGUGACGGCUGUGGAAGCCAGCGAGGAGUUCAACAGUCAUGCGGGGGCAGCCGUCGGCACCACUCCGCGUACCCACACUCCCGCCGUGGCCAUCCUGCAGCCCUCCCCCUCAGCGUCCUCCUUCUCCUCCAUCAGCUCCUCCUGGCCCUUGGAUGCCCCCCAGGCCCCGGCCCCAGCCCCGGCCUCCACGCACCCCCUCUCCUCCAGCUCCUCCCCGGUCCGUACACCACAAGCACCAGCAUCAGCGCUGCCCUCCAAGCCCUUCCUCAGCCUGGUGAAGUCACUCUCCUCGGACGUGGAGCCUCGGGAGCCUCGGGAGCCCCCCACGUCUUCAGUGGCUGGUGUUGCCCCUCUCCUUGUACGCCCGCCGCACCUCCAAGCCCAGUCUCAGCACCGCCGCCAUCUGAUGAAGACGCUGGUCAAGUCCCUGUCCACUGACACGGCCAGGCCCGAUCUGGACUCUCGCCUCAACCGCCACCUCUUCAAUCCCUUCGCCCAGUCCCGCCCGGGGGCCCUCCAUUCCAUGGGCACUGGGGCCUCCACCUGCAGAGGUGGCUCCGUGACGGCCCCGUCGUCUCCGCUGGCCUCCCCGCUAGACGGCCGUUCGUCCUCCUCGUUCAUGAAGGUUACAGAGGUGGAGGCACGCAUCGAGGACACGCGGCGCCGUCUGUCGGAGGUCAUGAGCGAGCCCCUGUAUCUGCUUAGCAAGUUCAUGGGAGAGGAGGGGGGCAUCGGCUCGGCCGGGUCCGGUGUGACCGGUGCCGGCCAGCGCCCCAGAACCCUCUCCUCCAGCGCCUGUGAGUUGACCAGCCUGGCCGGCCUCAACGGACACCCCGAGACCAGCUACAGCAUCAAGGAGGAGGAGGGGGACCUGGAGGACAAGAACGAGGAGAAGAGGGAUAGAAGCGACAUCACUGUCCCCUCACCCGGUCGAGUGGCCUCUUGGUCGCCUCCACCCCCCCGCUCCCCCUCCCUGGGGCUGGAUCGCUGCACCAUGUCUGCCCUGGUCAGGCAGGAGGACGAGGAGUUCUGCGAGCUAUACAGUGAGGACUUCGAGCAGGACGAGGAGACGGAGACGGAAGGGUGGCACGCUGCCGCCUCGCAGAGACGCCAGAGCAGCCUGACGGGCGCCUACAGCCAGGAUGACACUGAUGAUGAGGACGAUGAUGAUGAUGAUGAUCAGGAGGAAGACCAGGCACCUGGCGUGCCCCAUAACAGCCUCCUGCUCCUCAUCUCUGUAGUGUAUGGGUACUUUGUGCUGCCGCUGCCCCCUUAUGUUGAAGCAGUGCUGAUGGGCAUGGCCGCGGGCUUCAUGCUGGCCAUCCUGGUGGUGUGGCUUUCAGUCCCCCGCCAUACUUCCCUCACCUGCUCCUCUUUGCCCAGGAGACGCAGGGGCGAGAGGUGGAACCUGACACCGCUGGAUAUCAAGGAGCCAGGGGUUUUUAAGGGCUGGAUGAAUGAGAUCGUCAGCUACGACCCAGAGACGUACCACGCCACCCUUACCCACUCUGUGUUUGUGAGGCUGGAGGGCUCCACGCUGCGUCUGUCUAAACCCAGCCGCAACAUCCCCCGCCGAGCCGCCUUCAACGAGCCCAAACCCGACGUCAGCUACAUCAGCCAGAAGAUCUAUGACCUAUCCGACAGCAAGAUCUCUCUGGUGCCUCAGAGUCUGGCCAGAAAACGUGUGUGGAACAAAAAGUACCCCAUCUGCAUUGAGCUGGGUCCCCAGGAGGACUUCAUGGCCAGAGCCCAGGAAGACAGGCCUGAGACUGGGGAAGAGAGACCCGCGUCUGGGGGCGAAAGGCCGGAGGGUGGCAGCUCGAGGAGUGAGGAGGGGAUGGUGAGGAGGCAGUCUGGCGACCUCACACUCUACCUCUUCGGAAGGACUGGCCGGGAGAAAGAGGAGUGGUUCCGUCGGAUUCUCUUUGCGUCGAGGCUCAAGCCUGAGGCAAGGAGGCCUGCCAGCAUAGCAGGUGUCUACCUGCCCUCCCAUGGGGGCUUGUCCCACAGCCGCAGCAGUAGCCGGGGCAGUCUGGAGGAGGCGCUGCAGUCCCAGCCGCGGACCAAGGAGCUCCCUGCGGGGGUCAAGCAGAAUGUGCUGGACUACAGCGUGUACAUGGCUCAGUACGUGAGCCCAGGGGCCACCAGUCGCCCCACCAGCCCCUCUCCCAGCGCGCCGAGCAGCCCAGGGGCUAGCAAACAGGUGCUGGACAAUCAGGGGGAAGAGUGUGAGUCUGAGGCCUGGGCUAACGCCCUGAUAGGGAGGAUCUUUUGGGACUUCCUAGGGGAGAAGUACUGGGCUGACAUGGUGUCUAAGAAGAUCCAGAUGAAGCUGAGUAAGAUCCGGUUGCCAUACUUUAUGAAUGAGCUAACUCUGACUGAACUUGACAUGGGCGUCACUAUACCCAAGAUACUGAAGGCCUCUAAACCCUAUGUUGAUCAUCAAGGCCUGUGGUUUGAUCUGGAGAUCUCCUAUCAUGGCUCCUUUCUAAUGACGCUGGAGACCAAGAUGAACCUGGCCCGGCUGGGGAAGGAGGGAGAGGGGCUCGGUGAACAGGGGAAAGAGGGGCCAAGGCCACGGAUGUACUGUUUGGCUGACAGUGAUGAAGAGUCGUCUAGUGCUGGAUCAUCUGAUGAAGAGGAGCCGCAGGAAGUUUUCACAGAUAAAGCCCUCCCUCCUGGGGCGGAAAGCUACGUUGGUGGCCACCGGCCCAGCAAGAUCAUACGCUUCAUGGACAAGAUUGCCAAGUCCAAGUAUUUCCAGAAAGCCACUGAGACAGAGUUCAUCAAGAAGAAGAUGGAGGAGGUGUCCAACACCCCCCUCUUGCUUACUGUGGAAGUGCAGGAGUUCAAAGGGACACUGGCAGUCAACAUCCCUCCGCCCCCCACCGACCGAAUAUGGUAUGGCUUCCGGAGCCCCCCGCACCUGGAGUUGAAGGCUCGUCCCAAACUGGGGGAGAGAGAGGUGACCUUUGCCCACGUUACCGACUGGAUUGAGAAAAAACUUGACCAGGAGUUUCAGAAAAUAUUUGUCAUGCCAAACAUGGAUGAUAUUUGGCUACCCAUCAUGCACUCUGCUAUGGACCCACGCUCAAACACGAGCCUGUUAGCAGUGAUGACGGACGCUUUGAAGGAAACUGAGUUCUCCUGUGACUCUGAACUCUCCACUCAGAGCGACAUGUGACAAAACGGCUCUCUUCAGGGAAAAUGAAAACAAAAUGCACAGCGGAGUGAGAAGACAAAAUGGCUGCCAUGGCUUCCUUUAGGCAAGACUUUUAAAGCAGAGCCUAUGAGGGAAUGGAGCCAUGAAUGAAAACAUUACAGAAUCCCCUGAACUUCAUUCAGAACUACUGAAUGUCAUGGAUACUGGACAUCCAUGUCUCCACAGAGAAGGAACAUGUGGGAAUUCCAUGAUUCAUAUAGAAUCUCAAAAAGACCAGUGAGAAGUUUGAAAGCCUUUUGUCCACCGUCCCCUUUUCUGAGGAGGGACAGAGAAAGGAGAGGUAGGCGGUUGAGGAUUUUACUGGGACAUUUUUACCAUAGCAUGUACAAUUGCACUGCAAACCCAAGCAUUCCAAGUGGAAACAAGUCAACAGAAAGAAAAAGGGAAAAAAAGACCCGACAUGUGAAGCAGCAGCACCAAACCUUUUCUUUUUUGGCGGGUGUGUGUAUGUUUGUGUACUUGUCUAUGUACGGGUGAGUGUUUGAAGGCACACAUGCUUUUUGGAUUAUCGAGGAAUAAUGAUGAAAGCAUUCAAGUUUAUGGGUGCAGGUGCACAGGUCACACGUCCAAGCCAUCGAGUGGGUGUGAUUCUGAGCCAUCCAUGACGCUUGUAUGUUGCAGACCGUGUAUAGGUGUGUGUGUGUCUGGAUGCAUAUGUAAUGUGAUGAUUAUCAAAUGCUUUUCAUCACACACACAUGCACUAGCGCUGGAAGACAAAGCAUACUCCAAUCCCACACAUCCCUUCGUCUCAUUGCCUCCCACCCCUCUGUUGCCUGGGUCAUGAAGCGUUGGCAUCCGACUUAUGCAAAUAGAUCAACAUCACUGUGUUCAUGAACAAUACCAGCUGACACGCCUCCCACCGGACUAAUCCUGUCACCAAAUGCACUCACACCCAACUGGGCAGACGAACCAGGUGUCACUUUUUUUGUUUUGAAGUGGGAGGUUAGUGACUUUGUCUUUUAACAACCCAAUGCCUCCCCAGAACUACUUUUCUCAAUCAAGUGCUUUGCAGAGAGUAAGUGGGGAGAGAGUGGGGGCAAUCUACAAUCUUUACAGCCAAAAGCAAUGUGUGUCUUAAUCUUUCAUCAAUGCGGGCUUAAUGAAUGUAAGUAGGAGUUGUCAUCUUAUAUCCACUCUGUUCUUAGUGGGAGGAAGUAGGUUUAUUUUGUCCAGACUCUUUGUGCUGUUCUAAGUCACAUUAUCAGUUCUUCUGGUAUUAUAUAUAUAUUGUUGUCCAGUAACAUUAUGAAAAGAAUGUUGUUUUCUUUUAGCAGUUAAGGCGUAUAAGCUAUACGUGCAAUUACAGAAAAAAAGUGUCAUUUAUAGUGUGCAAGUGCAGUUUUUUUGUAUUCAUCAAAAUGUGAGCUUGUGUGUGACAAAACUGCUGUCUCAAUGUCAACAUUAGCAUUACUGGUCACUAAGGAAAAAAAUGUUUUCUACAAAAUGAAUGGAUAUGUGCAUUUCAUCGUCAUUUUAUCAGCUUACAGAGAAUGAAUAAUUUUGUCAUCUGUGCACUUAACUGUCACAGAAGCGGAAUUUCAUGGAGGCAUAAGUGCCUUCGAGAUCAGCAUCGCUCAUCAGCCAUGCAGUAGAUUCUAGCAUGUUCUCUAUAGGGCAUUCCCAUUACAGUAGUGAUUUUUCAACUUCACUCAUGGUAAAAGGUAUUUUCAUCCCCAGUGCCAUAAUGUGAAUACAUUGGGGUAAUUUUUAUUUAUUUAUAUUGUUUCCUGGCCUGUGUGCUUCUUAUGCCAAAUAUUUGUGUUUCAUUAUUUCAAAUGUCAUCGCUGUUGUUUAAUUAUGGUGUUUUUUUGUGUCAUGGCAGCUUGGACACGAGGGACAUAUUAAAAAUCUUUUGCUUCA